AGAGCAGUUUUUUAGAAAUGGCGACGACUGAGCUCGCGCCUGAGGAGCUUGGAGAGAAGUUGUCAUUUACUGAAGAUUAUAACCUUGAGGCAAUUCAGAAAGAAGUCGACCACAGUGCGAUGGCUCCCUCUAUCGGUGAAGGAACGAAGUGCAUGGAGGCGCAGCUUGCUCCUGGUCCAUUUUCCAUUGAUGUGAAAUUAAUGGAUGAUAAAUUACACCUCAUAGAACAACAACUUCAAUAUCUACUCCUUAAGACCGAGGAGUUUCAGAAGUGCCUCGGCUACAGGAAAGAUAAUGCCCAGAACGAGGAUUUCACUCAUGUAGUCCUAACGUUCCUGAAGACGUGUCAGCCAUAUUUCAACUACCUGGAGUCUACCGCCCGCAGCACGUCACCUGGCCGAUCUCCACUGCCCCUCUACAUACGCACCCAGCUGUUGCAGUUCUCUCAGCAACUGUGCAGACAGCUGGAGCAGCUGGUAUUAAUGUAUGCUUCAUACGGUUACGUCUCUCUGGCCGAGACUGACCCAAUGUGUAUCUCUCAUUUCUACAUUGGCCAGUGUCAGGUGGAUAACAUCAAGCUGUUGAUCUUCCAUUACUGUCAACCCAUCCCCUUUCUGGGCUUGACCAGGAAAGGACUGUACAAACGCAUGCGCUGGAAUGUGGAGCGAACAAAAGGGCCAGAGGUGGGAGGGGAAGAGGAAAAGAAAGACAGCAGGACAGAAGAAGUGACACAAGUGAUAGAAGGACAGGAGGCAAAGACAGAAAGAGGGAUGGAAGACAACAGUACAGAGUAUUACUUCCUCUGUCACGAGGACAUCCACUUAGUGGAGGGAGAGACACUGAGUGAAGAGACAGACAGAAGGCCAGGCAAGGAAGCAGUACUGAGGAUGUGGUCUAUAGGGAAGUGGGUACAGAUGUAUCCAGACCCAAACUCUGAAGACAUCAAUGACUGGGUAUUGUGCACAAUUCCUCAGGGCCAGUACAAGCCACUGGUAUAUCUGGGUGAGGAGGAGCCAUCAUCCUGCAGCGCCACCGACUGCAUGCUGGGGCUGCUGCUGUCUCCGCCUGAUCAGAGCAUUUCAUAUACCAUCACAGCAAGUUAGUGGAGGUCAGCCAGGCAGUCGUGAGUCAGUCAGU